ACCAGUACCACACACGCACUCGUUAAUUGCAAUUGAUAACCAGCAGCACCAAUUUGUUCUCUCUUGUCCGCAUUCCUGCACUCGCUAAAGAACUAGCUAGGUAGCCAAGAAGGAGUUCGAAAGAAGCUACCCGGAAAGAUGAAGGCCAAGACGAAGAUCAGCAAAGCUGCCGAGUUCUUGAGGAAGGCGGUGCGGGCGCUGAGGGGCAGGGCUGGCGUCCUCAGGGCGCGGCUCCUCUUCCUCGCCUCGUUCCGCCACAGGACGGCGAUGGUCGGCACCGUGUCGCGCCACCUCCGCGCCCUCCUGCCGGGCCGCCAGAGAGACCCGGUGCACGACCACCGCAAGGUCCACGCCUCGUCGACGAUGGCGGCGGAGGAGGACGGGCAGGCCGCGAUGCAUGGAGUCGACGUCCCAGGCCUCUCCGAGCUGUUGCAAGAAGUGGUCAGCGACGACGAUGACGGCCACUACGGCUACCCAGACUGGACGCACUCACUGUUCGACGACAACGAUGACGACUGCAGCCUCCAGGAGGGCGACGAUGUCGACGAGGAGGAACGCGGUGGUGGCGCGGAGGCAAUGGAGGAAGAUCGGCUGCCUGACGACGAGCCGUCGGUGAUGGACGUCAUCAGGAGGUGCAGGGAAGGGGACGGAAAGGAGUUCAACAUCAAGGAGGAGAUCGACCACGCCGCUGACAUGUUCAUACGGCGGGUCCGCAGCCGAAUGAACAACCGGAGCUUCUAGCCGUCCAGGCCUUCGAUUGUUUUGUUUCUUCGUGACUGAGCUUUCAGUGCACCUUUUAGUGAGCUUCCAGAUGUCUUAGUACAUAAUUCGGUUAGACAUGGCAUAUGACAGAUGCAUGUUAUUCCCAGUUAAAAGCCACAUAUAUAUG